AUGAGUGGCAUGGGCCAUGUGAUUGGCAAUUGUCGCAUGAUGAACUCUGCUGACUGUGAUUGUGGCCGAGAGCUCGGUCAGGAGAUGAUUCAAGUGGGAGGUGAACACAUCCCUCACGAGUCAGAUAUUGACGAUAUCUUGUGCGACGUGGCAAGAAAUCCUCUUUGCGCAUCACUCCUCAAUUCAUCCGGAGUUAGAGUUUGCGUUCAAGUCCAGCACAGUUGUAAACUUGUCAAUUGGAUGAAUUAG